AUGAAGUUCACUACCACCCUCUUCGCCAUUGCCUCGAUUAUCAGCGUUGCCUCUGCGGUGCCAGCCAUGACCGACGAGCAGAUCUCCAAGGUCCCCCGUGACGAGCUUCUUCCUCGCCAGGCCUGCCGAGGAACCAACUGCACCGGCUGCCAGAACGGCCGCAAGUGCUGUUACCUCCGCGACUAUCCCUUCUGCUGCAGCUGUUAA